GAUUUUGGACGGCGCCCCGCCGCAAGGGGCGGGGCCAACCCUAGCAGCGUCCCGGCCCGACGGGCUCGUUCUCCUUCCCGCCGGCCCGCGGGGAGGCCGGAACGUUUGUGCCGCGGCUGCCGUUUCCGCCGGGACCCUGCAGCGCGCUUUCCCGCCGGAAGGAAAGGCGGCGGCGUCUGGGCCGGUCGCCGCGGGGUGUGCGCGCGCCUCUGGCUCUCGCGGGGAUGUCCAGGCGCCGGCGGUUCCUGGAAGGGGCGGCUCGGGCGCUGAUGGGCACGUGCCCGGCUCAGGCCCGGUUCCUGAUGUGGACGCUUCGUUCUGAAAAAGAUAACAAAACCAACAGAGAAAGGAUAUGCCCUUACUGUUUCCAGUUUCUGGUUCCUGAUAACCACAGAGUACGUCUCAAAGCCAAGAUGAAACUGACCCCACGGAUACAGAAACUUCUUAAUCGGGAGGCAAAGAACCAUAAACUCAAUUUGAAACAGACAAAACUUUUGAAAAAGUACAAGGACUCAAGAAGUGUUCAGCUGGUUACUUGCAACACAUGCAACAAAACAACAAGACAUCAUGGUAAAAGCAGAGAUUUUCUGGCAACAGCAACAAGCCGUUCUGGUACUCCGAAGAGUAGACCAGACCCAAAGACUCUGAUAUCUGCAAACAAAACGACACCCUUAAACCACAGUAAAUCUGGAUCUAAAAGCAAGAGUCCAGCAUCAACUUUCAGAACAUGCAUGGCUGGACAGUCACCAUCCAGUUCUUUGCCCAAGACUCCCAAAAACUCUAAAUUUCACUUUACUCAGCUAAAACGGUUGCUUAAUCUUGAAGAAAAACAAAAGAGCCAGAAGAAGAUGGACCUGAAAAACUUCUUGUCUUCACUUUGAAAUACUGAAUAAUUACAAUAGUCAUGAUAAUGGUUACAACAGUAGUGGUAAAAUUGGGCCAGUAAAUGAACUAAAUUAAUGGCUGCCUUAUUGUUUUAUAAACUUAGAAACAAUUUUUUGUUAAUACUGGUUUAAUUUCUGGCUGUGUUAAGGCCUUCAGCAUGUAGGGGAGAUUUAAAUACAUUGUUUGGAAACAGUCUCUGUACUUUUAUAUGGAUUGCCUACCGGAGGAUAUUGCUGGAAUAAUAAGGUAAUAAGCCACGUCUUGGAAGCCUGAACUUGUAUCACAAUCUUUAAUGGCUCAGGAAUUAAAAGCCAAAAUCUGUUCUUGGACCAGAUUGGCUUGCACUGUAGCAAUCAGUGUAAUGGUUUUUAAAAUAGGAUCCUGUACCACAGUAGAACUUGCAGAGGAUCUGCUUAUUUCUAAUUCUUUCCAGAUCUGUGCUGUGAAUGCGGUGGGUUUGUUUGUGAGUUUUACUCAGGACUUUCUCUGUGACUGUGCAGAUCUGUGACUAAAACUGAUUUCCAAAGGAAAUCUGUGCGGUCAUCUUAAUGAACUGACAAAGUAAUUCUGAAACAUUCCUGCUUAAUGCUAUUCAGCAAAAGUAAGUCUUAUUCUGAAAUUUCUGAAGUUGAUAGCUCCAGUUUUCCAUGUGGAAAGAAAAUUAAUUAUUUGUUUUUACAUACAAAUAGUUUUACAAUGAAAAAUUUCUCUUUCUGUAAGUUGUAUAAAGUUUAUUCCUUUCUGUUUCAGUCCUCAUUCUUGUUUUGGUACCAGUAAAGCAACAAAUAAAAUGAUUCAACUUGUCCCUUGAAGUGCAUCUGGCUUAUUUUUAUCCAAUUAAAAACCACUUUCCAACAAAUACAAGUUGGUAUAUUUAAAAAAAACAUUUCAGGGAAGGCAGAGCUUGUUGCAAAUCUUAGUUUUAAUCUCAUAAGGACUGAUAAGUAUGUAAUAUUCAUAUGAAUCUUCUGGAAAUGGGUCAUGUGGCUGAAAUACAUAGUAAAAGUGAUUUGGAAAGCCCUUCCUUCACUUUAGGCUUAACUCAAAUAUAUGUAGGGUCAAUUUUUAACAAUUUUUCUGGUAACUAUGCUUUUACAAUUCAUUGUGCUGUUUUUCCUCUCUGUAGAGCUAUGUAUUUAUUUACAUGGGUCACUUUAUGGCUUGUCCUCUGAUGCCUUUACUAAUUCUUUAGUUUCGUUGGGAAGAAAAAUUUAUAUUGUAAAGCAGUAUUUUAAAAGGUUUGUAUUGUAAAAUCUUAACUGUAAAUAAUUUUAAAUUUUUUUCAUAAGUGUGUGGUACUUCUGGAUGCUGUGUCACUGUAGGAUUGAAACAUGACUAUUAAUAUUGCCACUGUUAGACAAUUGCAACACAUUUUAUACAAAGUAUGUUAGGUAAGGUAUCAAUGAAAAAGUCACAAUCUAUCAUCUUUGGAUCUAAUGUGAAAUUUCUUUAUAUCCCAUUUCUCACCCAUAACAAUUUUACAUUCAACACAAAGACUUUGUCCAAACCAUGGGAACGGCCACAAGUACUAGGAUGAUUCCCAAAUGUGCCAACUUCUUCAUGGGCCACAUUGAGGAAGCAUUUCUGGACAAGUAUACCACAAAACCAGUGAAGAUCCCCGAGAUACAUCAAUGAUAUUUUCUUUGGACAGAUGACCUAAACUUCAUAAAAGAUUUCUACCACAAUUUCAACAACCACUCCCCAUUCUUUAAACUCUCUCCCACAUUAGCAUCAACUUUCUGAACGCCACAAUCAGCUUCAACCAUGAAACCCUACAGACAAGAAACCUAAAGUUCAUCAUAUUUACCUUCACAGAUCCAGUAAAUACCCCAAAUCCACCAAGAAAUUUAUCUACAGCCAGACGCUCUCAUACCAUAGAAUAUGGUAUGGAGAAAGUCUGGGAUAUACGCGUUAACACACUUAAAACUGCCUACACCAAACAAGGACACUCCACUAGAGAAGUAGAUCACGUCCUGGAAUGGGCCACUCAAAUACCUUAAAAGAACAUGCUUUAACAAAUAAACCUCCCUGUUACAAUUACAACCCAUACUUAAUGGGGUCCUCAUCCUAAAGAAAUAUUUCCUGAACCCCCUCUGUUGGCCUUCAGACAACCCUCCCAACCUCUCCAAGCUCAUAAUCAGAAGUAGCUCCACACAGACAAGGAUACACCAACUGAAAACCACCAGAUCCUUCCAGAACAACAGAUGCAAAACCUGUACAUGUCAACAGCUACAAUGAUCAAUAAUCCCCACAACACACCUUUCAAGAUCCAUGCCUAUACCUAUAUGUGCCUAUCACAAUAUAUGGUGUACCUCUUCCCGUGCACUAAAUGCCCCAAUAACAACUUAGUGGGUGAAAUGAGACAAUCAGUAUGCUCCAAAUGAACUCACACAGAAAAACGAUAGGGUGUUUUAUCACCUGUGUGUGUGAACACUUUUUCACAAAGUGUUCACUCUAUAUCUGACCUCUCAAUGCUCAUCCUCAAAGGAAGCCUGCACAACACCUUCAAAAGAGAAGCCUGGGAGUUUAAAUUCAUAACUUUCCUAGACACUAAAAAUCAUGGACUGAAUAUGAACACUGGAUUUAUGCUUUACUACAAUAAUCUAACCCACAAACCCCCUCCCAGCUAUUUUUUCUCCCCAUCCCAGACUCCUAUGACUGGAGAGGUGUUAACUGUCCACUUAACACAUAUUUCAAAGGACAAUUCAAGGUGAACUACAUGUGCUAAACGAUGUAUUCCAUCUUGUACAUUUCCCAGACCUGAAGAAAAGCUCAUCCUAAGAUUGAUAGCUUGUAUCUUUCACCAAUAGAAGUUAGUCCUGGCUAUGACAACACUGCAUAUAAGAAAACAAAAUAGUAACAGUAAUCAGUUUGGUACAGCAAUCAUGCUUAAACUUUCUUCCAUUUUGAGAUAUUCCCAGUUUCAGCAAUUAUUCCCAAUUUUAAGUACAGGGAAUCUCUCAAACUGGUAAAUCUUUCAAAAUGGAAGACACUAAGUGUAAUCAUUGUCUUUUUAUAAUGGAUUCUCCUGUCGCUUCAAUAGAUAACUUCUUUAGUUUUAAAAAGUUUUUAGAGACACUCACCUCCAAACUAUAUAUUUUUCCUUUAGAACAAAUUCUAACCUCAUUUAAAAAUGCCCUUUCACUCAACUGAGAAAAAGUAAUGUAAUUAUUAUAAACUAGCCACAGUCAAAAUGGUGGUGCGGUUUUGGGUUACUCAGUACAAUAAUGGAGGCUGUAUAUAGACAUUUCAGAGAACAUAGGUUGGGCAAAUAAGCAUUAAAUAAUGUUGAUUUAUGAUCAUGUUUUUACAUUUUAUUCUUUUAAAUAUGAAAACAUUAUACAUUGAGGUGUUAUUUAGAGGACAAAUUACACAAGAAUUACACAUUCUGUGAGCAUUGCACAAUAAUGAAACAUUUUUACAUUUCAAACAUCUUUUCUUGUCAGCUUUCAACAAAUGAGUAAAUUUUUGUUGCAAACAAGUUACAAAGUGCUGUUACUGCAUUUUUGCAAAUUCCCACAAAAAAGGAUCAUGCUUACUAGGAUACUUUUUAAUGUAGUAAACAUUAAAUCAGAAUUAGACUUCUAAAUAGUAAGAUGGAGAAGCUGACCUAUUAAGAUAAUUUAACACACUGAGACAGGUUCAAAGACAGAAUGGUUAUUUUAAAAAAAGGUAAUCAAUAUUCCUAUUAAGAUUUUUUUAAGUUGAUUCUCUAAGAGUAAGUUGCUGACAGCCAGAUCCUAACUGCUUUAUUCCCACAAAUAGUCGGUGGGAAUAUCAGCAUGAGAAGCGCAAGCAAGAAUUAAUCCCAAAAUGUUUUUAUUAAUAGAAAACCAGUCCAUCAAAAAUAGUGCCAUUGCAGCUGAUUCACUAAUCUUUCAACAAUAACUCUAUAACUUUCUAUUACCAUAUGUACUACAAGUUGAAUUUCUGCCCAGCCAGAGGGCCAGCAAGAGGCCUAUGCAUGAGCUAUAUCCAUUUAAAUAUUCCACAUGAUGCAUAGGCUUUUUGAUGGCCCUCUACGCAAGGGUGAAUUUUGGUGAUCACUAGAGGACACAUUUGCAGACACUGAAAUUCAUGGAUGUUUUGCCACUGACUUCUAGAUUUUAAAGCGUGUAGCUUUCAUUGUGUUGCGUGGGAGGGGGAAUCAUGAAAGGUUGAAGCUGAAUGUAAAAUAGACAAGCUAAUGUUACUGAAAUCUAUAAAUUAACUUUCUAUAGAGGCAAUUUAUUUUUUUCCAACAGUUACAAUUCUUUUGUAAUCAAGAAUCUUAAACUUGUUUGUAAGAUCACAAAAACAUGGAGAAUAGGCAUUUUUAGACAGAUUUUUAUAAAGUUUUACAACUAUAUGGCUUUAUCUUUAGUCUUACUUCAUGAGAGUAAUCCUGCUGACACCAGCAGAAUUACCUGCAAAUAGGUGUUAUUCAUAUGAUUAAAGGCUGCAGGAUUAGGUCCAUG